GGCGCCACUCUCCUCUACCCACCUCCCUAUUUGGCCUGCUACGACACGAAAACAACCGAGUGCCCUGGUUGUAUAGAGAAGGUUAUAUCAGUCAGAGAGAGAAGAGGAGAGAGGGGAAAGAAGAGAAGGAAAAGAGAAAGAGGAGGAGGGAGAAGCAGGAGAGGGGAAGGUAAAAUUGAGAUGGCGUCUGAGGAUUGCUGGGUAUGGGUGGAGGGGAGGGGGGGAAAGGCAGCGGGGAAGUAGUCUGCGGCUUGUUGCAUCAGCCAUGGGGGGGAUCGUAAUUUCCGAGAGAGAAAAUGAGUAGAGGUGGGACCUUCCGGGUCGGUUGGUUGGGUCAGAAAUGAAUAGUAUUUUUUAGAGAGCAGGACGGAAAGGGUGUAUGACAGUGGUGAGAUGGAGGGUAGCAGUUGUGGGAGGAGGAGGCGGUGCGCUGUGGCGGUGGUGGGUGCGGGCGCCGCGGGGCUGGUUUCCGCCCGCGAGCUGAAGAGGGAAGGACAUUCAGUGACAGUCUUCGAGCAGCAGGAUAGAUUUGGGGGGUUAUGGGUUUACGACGACCGUACAAAUCUCGCUGCGGGUUGGCGGCGAGGGAGUAAGGUGGAUGGUUUUGACGCUUGGGCAGCUGAAGAGGCAGCUAGCAUCUCGCCCCCACGUGUACAUAAUGGAAUCUAUAAGUCGUUGAGAACUGUCAUCCCUAGAGAAACGAUGAGUUAUACCGACUUCCCCUUCCUUCCCAAACCCGGAAGAGAUGGACGAAGAUUCUGUGGACACGUGGCAGUGGCGGAAUAUCUCCGGGAUUUUGCCGACGAGUUCCAAUUAACGGACCACAUUCGUCUGAACACACGAGUCGUUCGAAUAGAGCAAGCAGAAAGGCAGCCGCAGCAGCAGCAGCCGCAGCAGCAGCAGGAGGAGGAGGAGGGAGGGAGGAGAAGCGCCUGCGUACGGUCGUGGUGCGAGAGAGCAGAUGCGUGCAGUCGGGAUCGCGAUGGACCUUGUGCUUCUCUCAAUGCGGGAGAGAACGAGAGGGGAGAUGAAACUGAGAGGAUGGACGAUCAACGGUCUCAUCGGGAUCCGGAUGUCACGUGGACGCUAAGCAGUGAUCAAGAGAGCCUUGGAUGCGCUUCGGAGAGGAUGGGAGAAUCCCGACCCCGACCCUGUGCUAGAUCUUACCGAGACAUGCCACGUGGAUGGCGUGUCACGUCGCGACGUGUCGUGAGAAGGCGACGAAGACGGACACGUGGACAUGACGUUCUCGAGAAUGAGAAGAAGGAGAACAAGGAUGAGGUGGAAGAGGAGGAGGAGGAGGAGGAGGAAGAAGAGAGGGAGGAACAGGAGGAGGUGUUCGAUGCGGUGGUGGUAUGUAAUGGUCAUCACUGGGCGCCGAGAAUGGCGGACGUACCGGGAUUGGACACGUGGCAUGGUAUCCAGCUGCACAGCCAUGAUUAUCGUACACCGGAUACCUUUGGAAAUGCCGUCGUCCUUGUGAUAGGUGGGGGAUUAAGUGGGGAGGACAUCUCGAAAGAAGUAGCAUCUGUUGCGGCGGAGGUUUACUUGAGUGCUCGCUCGCUGGACUCGCUCGCCAUCGCCAAAGGUCCUCGGCCAAUCGCCGGGCGAGCGAACCUCUAUCUCCGGCCGGAGGUUGAGCGGGUCACACCAGACGGCCACGUGGCGUUCGCCGACAAGUCCGAGGUUAAAAAGGUUGACGUCAUCAUUCAUUGCACCGGGUAUCGCUAUUCCUUUCCCUUCUUGGAGGCGGGAGGACUCGUCCACGUGGAGGAUAACAGAGUGGGUCCGCUUUUCGAGCACGUGUUCCCGCCAAAAUUGGCCCCGUGGCUCUCUUUUGUCGGCUUGCCGAUCAAGGUGGUCGUUUUCCCUGUGUCGGAGAUCCAGGCGGUCUGGGUCGCCCAGGCGCUGUCGGGCAAGGUCGAGAUCCCGUCUGCGGAGGAGAUGAUGGAUGAGGUUGGGAGAUUCUAUGCUGACCUGGACAAAAGGGGUGUGCCUAAACGAUACACGCAUUUUGUCGGAUACCAACAAGACGGGUACGUUGAGGCCAUCAGGGCUCGAUGCCGAGACCCCCCGGUGUUCGAGAGAUGGCGGACGGCGAUGUUCAAGGCUGUGAGCGCCAAUCGCCGUGUCCAUUUCGCGGACUUCCGUGACACGUGGACGGAUUACGAUCUGGAGGAGCAGGGGCGAAUCUCUCAAUUGCGCGUGGCCGCAGAGAGAAAGGCCAGGGAGGGAUAGGUAUCCCGUCGAGCCCAGGGAAUCCCGGUCCCCAUGACGAACGGACGAAAUCCAGGGCCACAACCAAGCCCGGAACU